AUGGCGUUUGAUGUCAAGUCCAGAGCGAAGAGGUACGAAAAGUUGGACUUCCUCGGAGAAGGCCAGUUUGCCACAGUGUACAAAGCAAGAGACAAAACAACAGACACCAUAGUCGCCAUUAAAAAGAUUAAAGUUGGCCACAGAACUGAAGCUAAAGAUGGUAUCAACAGGACUGCCUUACGAGAGAUUAAACUACUGCAGGAACUUCAUCAUCCAAAUAUUAUAGGGCUGCUGGAUGCAUUUGGACACAAAUCAAACAUCAGUCUGGUUUUUGACUUCAUGGAAACUGAUAUGGAGGUGAUCAUCAAGGACACCAGCCUUGUCCUGACUCCAGCUCAUAUCAAAGCCUACAUACUCAUGACUCUACAGGGUUUAGAGUACAUGCAUCAACACUGGGUCCUACACAGGGAUUUGAAGCCCAAUAAUCUGCUGCUUGAUGGAAACGGAGUGUUAAAGUUGGCCGAUUUUGGUUUGGCCAAAGCCUUCGGCAGUCCUAACAGGGUCUACACUCAUCAAGUUGUUACCAGGUGGUACCGCUCUCCUGAGCUUCUGUUUGGUGCCCGAAUGUACGGAGUUGGUGUUGACAUGUGGGCGGUCGGAUGUAUUCUGGCAGAGUUGCUCCUUCGGAUACCUUUUCUUGGUGGAGACUCUGAUCUUGACCAGCUUACCAAGAUUUUUGAAGCGCUUGGGACCCCAACUGAGGACACAUGGCCUGGAGUCAGUAGUCUACCUGACUACGUGCCAUUCAAAAUAUUUCCUGGUACACCUCUUGAACACAUAUUUAGUGCAGCUUCAGAUGACCUACUAGAGUUGCUACAUGGCCUCUUCACAUUUAAUCCUUCAACCAGGACCACAGCCACACAGGCUCUGAAGAUGAAGUACUUCAGCAAUCGGCCUGGUCCCACCCCGGGACCUCAACUUCCCCGACCCAACUGCUCAGUUGAGGUUCUACGAGAGAAGGAAACAGUGGGGCACAAGAGAAAAUUGGAAGGCCUGGAAACAGACUUCACCAUCAGUUGA